AUGCCUAGUAACAUUACUAAGUGCAGUUUCUCUCAUGCAAGUGAUCCAGGAAGCACAACAGCACCCAUGGGAGAGGAGGGAGAGGAGGGAGAGGAGGGAGAGGAGGGAGAGGAGGGAGAGGAGGGAGAGGAGGGAGAUGAGGGAGAUGAGGGAGAUGAGGGAGAUGAGGGAGAUGAGGGAGAUGAGGGAGAUGAGGGAGAUGAGGGAGAUGAGGGAGAUGAGGGAGAUGAGGGAGAUGAGGGAGAUGAGGGAGAUGAGGGAGAUGAGGGAGAUGAGGGAGAUGAGGGAGAUGAGGGAGAGGAGGGAGAUGAGGGAGAUGAGGGAGAUGAGGGAGAUGAGGGAGAUGAGGGAGAUGAGGGAGAUGAGGGAGAUGAGGGAGAUGAGGGAGAGGAUGGAGAUGAGGGAGAGGAGGGAGAGGAGGGAGAGGAGGGAGAUGAUGAGGGAGAUGAGGAAGAGGAGGGAGAGGAGGGAGAGGAGGGAGAUGAGAGAGAGGAGGGAGAGGAGGGAGAUGGUGGCAGCGGUACCUUUUGA